AUGGUUCAGGAAGGGAUUGUGUUAGGACAUUUGAUUUCAGCACGGGGUAUUGAGGUUGACAGAGCUAAGAUACAAGUCAUCGAAAAACUACCACCGUUGGUAACAGUUAAGGGAGUUAGAAGUUUCUUAGGUCACGCUGGAUUCUAUCGUCGCUUCAUCAAAGAUUUUUCCAAAAUCUCGAAGCCAUUAUGCAAUCUACUGGAAAAAGGGGCCCCAUUUCACUUUUCUGAGGAGUGCUUGACAGCUUUCAACAUCUUAAAAGAAAAAAUGGUUUCUGCUCCAGUAUUGGCUUCUCCAAAUUGGAAUUAUCCGUUCGAACUUAUGUGUGAUGCCAGUGAUCACGCAGUGGGGGUGGUGUUGGAGAAAGAACUUUUGACAGUAGUGUUCGCCGUUGACAAAUUUAGAUCAUACUUGAUUGGGUCAAAAAUCAAAGAUAAAAACGGGAGUGAGAAUGUUGUGGCAGAUCACCUUUCUCGCCUUGAAUCGCAUGAGUCCAACCCUACAGUAGAGAUCAAUGAAGUUUUUCCUGAUGAAAUGCUUUUUCAGAUUAUCACUACACCAUGGAAGAACGAGAUGCCUUUAAACAACAUUUUGGAAGUUGAAAUUUUCGACGUUUGGAGCAUUGACUUCAUGGGACCAUUUCCUCCCUCCUACGGUCAACAAUACAUACUAGUGGCAGUGGACUACGUGUCUAAGUGGGUUGAAGCUGUAGCUUUGCCAACUAACGACGGGGCAAUUAUUAAUGAUGGUGGAAAGCAUUUCUAUAAUCGAUUAUUUGCAUCGCUAUUGGCCAAAUAUGGAGUAAAACACCGUGUCUCGACUCUGUACCAUCCUCAAACUAGUGGGCAAGUGAAAAUCUCCAAUAGGGAGUUAAAGAAGAUUCUCGAAGCUACAGUCGAUGCUUCCUGUAAGGAUUGGGCUAAGAAGCUAGACGAUGCACUUUGGGCUUAUAAAACAGCGUUUAAGACUCCAAUUGGCAUGUCUCCAUAUCGACUGGUGUUUGGAAAGACCUGUCAUCUGCCCAUUGAGUUAGAGCAUAAGAUAUAUUGGGCAACUCAUUUGCUUAAUUUCAAUAUGAGGGUGGCAGGAGAAAAGAGGGUUCUACAACUCCAUGAGCUAGAGAAAUUUCGUUUGGAUUCAUAUGAGAAUGCAAAGAUUUAUAAGGAGAAAACCAAGAGAUGGCACGACAGAGAUAUAAGAGAGAAGGAUUUUGAAGUAGGCCAACAAGUAUUGAUGUUCAAUUCACGUCUCAAACUCUUUCUUGGAAAGCUAAAGUCUAGGUGGUCAGGUCCUUUCACAGUAGUAGCCGUGCUUCCACAUGGUACUGUAGAAGUAGUAUCUCAGGAUGAAUAG